AUUGCCGACUUCCGGGUUAGUUGUUUACAAAUAUUUCUUUUAUUUUUCUCACAUGCAUUACACGUGUAUUAAAAUAUCUGAUUUUGUUUGAUUAUUUUGAGUCAAAAGAAUGGAACAGGACGAACAAGAGACUUACAAAUUAUGGCGAAUCAGAAAAACAGUUAUGCAGCUGUGCCAUGACCGAGGUUAUUUGGUUACACAAGAUGAAUUGGAUCAAACUUUAGAUGAAUUCAAAGCUCAGUUUGGAGACAAACCAAGUGAAAGGAAGCCUGGGAGAAGUGAUUUGAUUGUAUUAGUUGCUCACAAUGAUGACCCUACAGAUCAGAUGUUUGUAUUUUUUCCUGAUGAACCUAGAGUUGGUAUCAAGACUCUCAGACCCUAUAUAAAGAGAAUGGAAGAGGAAAAUAUAACUAGAGCUGUAAUAGUUGUACAAGUUGGUAUGACACCCUCUUCCAAACAGGCACUAGUAGAAUUAUCAGAUAAAUAUACUCUAGAACAGUUUAUAGAGGCUGAAUUAUUAGUUAACAUCACAGAACAUAUGUUGGUACCUGAACAUGUUGUCAUGACACCAGAAGAAAAAGCUGAAUUAUUAGUCCGAUAUAAAUUGAAAGAAGCUAUGAUUCCCCGUAUUCAACAAGGUGAUCCAGUGGCCAGAUAUUUUGGUUUAAAACGUGGACAGGUAGUCAAGAUUAUCAGGCCUAGUGAAACAGCUGGAAGAUACGUCAGCUACAGACUGGUUGUUUGAGACAGUAUCAUCUUCAUCAAUCAUUUGUAUAUAUAUGUGUAUAUAAAUCAUGAGAACAUCUUAAUCAACUUAAUUUCCUGUUCCUGUUACCCACUUAAAGCAAAGUGAAUUAAUCCUUCAUAAAAAAAAUCAUCAAUUGCUUUAACAGUUGACUGAGGUUGUUGAAUUAAUUAAUUACAAUUUGGUAUCAGGAAAUGUUUAAAAAAAAUUCCACAAGGUUUCUCAGUUACCUUAUAGUUAUAGGAUGGGAACAAGGUAAAAAUUUCAGACUGCCAUUUUAAUUGGUAUACCUUUUGAGUUACACAGAAAAUCCAACCCUUUCAACAAACGUUUGAAUUGCUUGUUGUGUGGAUUUGAGGUCAAUAAAUAUUAAAUCAACAUUAUAUAUC